AUGGCACUUCUCCGGGGCGUGUGGGGCGCGCUCAGUGCCCUGGGCAAGAGCGGAGCGGAGCUGCGCGCCCGCUACGGAAAUCUACUGCGCUUUCCGCUCAGUUUUUUGUACAUACCGAGAUGGUUUUCAUCCACCAUAGGGACCUACCCAAAGAAGCCUCUGAGUUCUUUUUUGCGAUUUUCUACAGAACAGCUCCCCAUAUUUAAAGCUCAGAACCCAGAUGCGAAGAAUUCAGAACUAGUUAAAAAAAUUGCCCAGUUAUGGAGGGAACUUCCAGACUCAAAAAAAAAAAUAUAUGAAGAUGCUUACAGGGCAGACUGGCAGGCAUACAAAGAAGAGAUAAACAGAAUUCAAGAACAGCUAACUCCAAGUCAAAUCAUGUCUAUAGAAAAAGAACUCACGCAAAAACGUUUAAAAAGAAAAGCAUUAAUAAAAAAGAGAGAAUUAACAAUGCUUGGCAAACCGAAAAGACCUCGCUCAGCUUAUAACAUUUUUAUAUCUGAAUGUUUCCAGGAAGCUAAGGAUUCUUCAUCACAGGCAAAGCUGAAGACUGUGAAUGAAAGCUGGAAAAACCUGACUAGCUCUCAAAAACAAGUCUAUAUUCAGCUUGCUAAAGAUGAUAAAAUUCGCUAUGAUAAUGAAAUGAAAUUGUGGGAAGCACAGAUGAUUGAAGUCGGAAGACAUGAUCUUAUACGUCGCAAAAUGAUGCCACAAACGAAAAAUGAGAAUUGA